CCCGCAGUCGAGCGAGAGGCGACAGCGAGCCAGCUGCGCGUCUUGUGUUUUUCUGAUUUUAUACUGCGCUUGACGUGUUUUAUUAUUAUUUGGUCGUCAUUUUUUAUAAAAUAAACAAGUUGUGUACAUACUCGUGUUAAUAUUUACAAUUGUUGACAAUCCUGUACUGUUAUUUUUGUGGACGUUCGUGAACGACGCGAGUGUUUCUGACUGUGUUCUACAUGGAUACCAGUGCCUUUUGUCCGUAAAACAGUGGAUUAUUAGGAUAUUGGUGCUGCUUAGUUACUCAAAGUUCCUGUAAAAUUGCUUGUGGGACCACCAGUGUGACCAGUGAUUGUUGUCGUGGCCGGUUUCCGUGGUGGAAACUUUCGAAACGUGAAUAAAACAGUUGGUAAUGCUUUCUUAGCGAAUGCGGGCCCUGCCUGCACGCAUUCCGUAGGGAAGCAAGUGCCGGCAAUAAGCAUUCUACGUGAGACGAGCGGUGCGGGUGGCGGAGUGGGCAGCGGGGGUCUGCUGACCAUGAACGCCACCCAGGUGCAAUGCGAGCCCCACGACCCGGUCGUUCUCAUCAAGUAUGAGCACCGGACUGCGGGCGGCAGCUGGGAGGAGCCUGUGAGCUCUGUCCGUAAUACUCCUCUCAGACGCUCGCAAAGGCUCAACUCCACCCUGGACCAUAGGAGCACUGGACAACUUCGCAACACGCUAAGCCGAGCGCGGGAGCUGUGCGAGCGGUGGCGAAGCGGCGUCGCGACGCCUGCGCCUCCAGCUCCCCCUCCCGAGGAUGAGGGAGGGGGGAGGUUGGCACGAUGGUUCAGCAUGCGGAGAGGAUCAACGCAUCAAUAUGACAUGCAUUCACAUGAAGCUGAUAAGAUGCCUAAACUGCCUGCUCUGGAAGAAGAGCUUUUAUCAUGCCUGGGCGAAGUGAGAAGCACGCGUGUGCCGCCGCCGUCGCUGGGCGCUCCGCCCGACUCGCUCAGUCCGGUGCAGAUGCGCCGGCGACAUGUCGUCGCCGCCAUCAUUCACAGCGAGAACUCGUACGUCGCGACGCUACAGCGGCUGGUCAAUGACUACAAGAAGCCGCUGGAGGAAAGCAGCCCUGCGAUUCUGAACGCCAGCAAGAUUCAAAUCCUGUUCCAUCGGCUGCCCGACAUCCUACAAUGCCAUCUACACUUCCGCACCGCGCUAGCCGACUGCGCGCGCACGUGGGACCGCGAUGAAAAAAUUGGCGAGGUCUUUCUCAACGCAUUCUCGAAAGCGGUGGUGCUGGAUGUGUACUCGGAUUUCAUAAACAACUUCUCCGUGGCCAUGGAGCUGGCUAAGAUGGAGUCGAAACGCAAGUCCGCGCUCGCUGACUUCUUCAAAGUGAAGCAGAUCAGUGCGAACGACCGGCUUUCCUUCUUCGGGCUCAUGGUGAAGCCUGUGCAGAGGUUUCCUCAGUUCAUCAUGUUCCUACAGGAUCUCCUGAAGCACACUCCGCCUGGGCACGCGGACCGCGUGGCGCUGCAGCGGGCCCUCACCAGGCUGGAAGCGUUGGCUGAGGCGCUGAACGAGAGGAAACGAGACGCCGAGAGGACGCAGGCGUUCCGAGCCGCGUUGCGGCGGCUAACUCGCGGGGGUGUGGCCGGGGCAGGGGGCGCGGGGGGAACGGCAAGGUUUGGCGCCGCUCGACUGCUCGCCUCAAGGGCUGACAAGAGGCAUCUGUUACGGCAAGACGAUCUAUUGCAAUUAGAGUUCAAUCAAAUGGGAAGCGUGACGAAAUGCAAGCCGCGUCGCCUUCUGCUCCUAAACGACUUGGUGGUUUGCGUGUCAGUGAGCGGCGGCAGUGGAAACGGUGAAGACGAGAGACUGGGGCUGAAGUGGGCCCAUCCCGUGCAGGACGUGGACGUGCUGGACACGGGCACCUCGCCCACACUCAGCAGGGUGCUGGCUCAAGGCAUGAACCGCAGCGGCAGUCUCCGCUCGAACUCCAGCAGCAACGGCCAUCUCAACACUUCAACCGCGGACUCCCUUUGCAACGAAAUGUCCGCGCUCAUGCACGACUACGAAACAGUGUCAAGAAUGGCGGACUUGGCCGCUUCCCUCCGCGCGCCUUAUCCUGAACUCGCGCCGGAAAUGUUCAAAACGCUGCUGCAGAAUAUACAGCAAAGUAUUCAGAAAAAGGACGACGAGAUGGCGUGGGUGGACUCCUGCUGCCUUCAGCUCACGAUCCGCGGGCGAGAGGAGCCUCUGACGUUCCGCGCGAGCGAGCCCGGCGCCCGCCUGGCCUGGGCCACGGAGCUGCGGCUGGCGCAGCUCGCCACCGCCACCGCCAACUCGCCCGCGUGGCGGCUGCCCGCCACGCAGCACGCGCCGCCGCACAAGAUGCCGCUCUUCGUUGCCGCUACGCCGGUCUACAGCUCCAAAUAUCUCACUGAGGUGCGGUGCGGGUGUUUCUACACGACGAGCGGGCACGCGGGAGCGCGCGGCACGCGGUCGCGACGCGCGCGCGCGCUGCUGUGGGUGGCGGCGCACGGCGGCGCGCACAGCCAGCUGUGCGUGCUCGCGCACCGCGCCGCCAGCCUCAAGACGCUGCUCACGCUCGACCUGCCCGACACCAAGGUGACCUCAAUGGAAUACGCAAAGGGCGUUCGACAAGUGACCACGCUGUGCGGCGACACAGUGUGGCUCGGCACUGAGGACAAGAAGAUCAUUAUAUUCUCCGGCGUCGAGCCCGAGAAGCAAGAGAAACUGACAGAAGUACCCACUAUCGCGGCUGUCACGCAAAUGAAGUACCACUGCGACUCCAUGUUCGUGGGACUCGCCAACGGAAGGGUCUCAGUUUUCAGGAGGAACCAUGACGACUCCUGGGCUCUCCAGGAACCUCUAGCUAUAGAAUUAGGAGACAAACCCGUCCACUGCGUGUUACCUGUCGACGGUAUCAUAUACGCCACGUGCGCGCGACGAGUGUUCGCCAUCAACGCCUUGACAGCUGAGAUUCUACGCAUCUUGGAACUGAAAGGAGACGACGACCGCUCCGUCAGAUAUCUCGCUCACUCCGGGGUGGGUCUGUGGACCGCGUUCUCAGAUUCCACAUAUGUCAGCCUCUACCACGCUGAGACGUUUGAGCACUUACAGAAUAUUGACAUCGCCGCUGACGUAGCGAAGACUAUUGGUGCUAGGGAAGGUAGUAAACCGGCCCACGUUUCGACAUUGUUGGCCGGCCAAGGAUUAUUGUGGGUCGGAACCACGGCCGGCGUCACGGUCACCGUGCCACUACCAAAAUUAGAAGGACUUCCCUUGAUCGGGGGACAUAUUGCAGUGUCUUAUCAUGCGCAUGCGGGCCCUGUGACGUUCCUGUUGUCUUUGAUACCGGAAUCCAGAGACGUCGACGUUAACGUCGUCAGAAGAAACCUGUCAAACGCUCGCGCCCUCGCCGAUACUAACACCUUACAUGAAUUCAAAGAAGGAGAGAUGAAGGAGGAUAAUGAAAAACCUAAACUUGAAAGGAGAAUAUCUGAAGAGUCACCGUACCGCCCACAACGCGUGCAAUCGGCGUGCGUUCGGCGAAAGAAACCGGGCGACGUUCGCUUGAGUAAAACUCUGCCGAAGUGUGCUAAUCUGAACGCGUGCGACGUGUACGGCUUGUUUGGAGAUCUGAUGUUUGUAAAAGACUGCGUGGGGGAGGGCGAUGUUAGCGGGUCCGGAGGGGACGCUCUGAGGCGAAGCGACCCGGAACUGGCGGCUAUUCCGUUCAGAGUCAGCACUCUGGACAGGAGAAUCAGAAUGCGCGCCGGACGGCCUAGGAGCCUCGACCUGUCCAGCUGGUCCGUAGACUCGCGGGCGUCCAGUCUCUGCACGUCCUCCGGAAGCGAGGAGUCGAUGGCUCUCAGAGGCGUCUCCAGGAACAGUUCCGGGGCCUCAGGAGCCGCGUGUUUGGCCCCCAUCGCAAUCUCCACCCCGGACUCCAGUUCAGGGAAGUCGACGUCUUCUGACCGCUCAUCGAGGAGCGAAUCUGUGCAGCACAAUGAUAGCAAGCCGGUGGCGAAGAGCGCAGCGCGGAGCCUGCGAGGCGCGGACUACGUGGUGGGGGAGAGUGCGGCGCGGCGGUCCGUGGUGACGGUGGUGGGCGGCCGCGGGUACGUGGACUGGCGGCAGACGGCGGACGCGGCCGAGCGCCCCGCCGUCGCCGCUGAACCCAACCCUAAAGACGCACACCUCAUCCUCUGGGAGAUGCGCUUGUGACCUGCGAUUCGUUUUAUAUCGAUUCUAUUCAUUCAUUACUAUUAUUUGUGGACAGUACAUUUUGUGUCUGACUCUGACUCGAUUGUGACUAUGUAAAUUCCAUGUUAAAGGGCUAUUAUAGAAUGUAAUUAGUUUAUUGUGCUAUAUGAAUCUAACGCCUUAUGUUUUGCGAUCGUCAUAGAUUAUUCGCGAUUUAUUUACAUGAGAAUCUAAAUUUACACAGAGUGUAAAUAUAAUGUGAUAAGCUUUAAAUUAUUUUUGGAAGUUUGGGAUUGACUUCGACUCUGUUGACUCGAGGUUAACAUUGAUUUAUUGUAUAAUAUGUAAGUGCUGGUGCAUUAUAUUUGUGAUUUACAUAUAUUGAAAUGUUAUAGUUAUCAUGAGAUAAAAUGUAACUAAUUUUAAGAAUAUUUGUUUCACUUAGUAUAUUGUCGUUCAUUAACCGACAGUUUUGUUCUUCAUUAUUUUCAAAAUUAUAAAAAUUACAACAUCUAUUUCAUUACAAAAUAUAUUAUUGUUUGGUUAUAAAUAUAUUCUAGUAAAUUGAAAGAAAUACCUGCCAUAUUAAUAUAGAAUGUAAAUUUUCGAUUGUAAAAAUUAAAUGUAACAUCCGCUAAAAUGUAUUUUAAAUAUAUUUAAUUUUAAAUUUCUUUUAAAACGAAUUAUGAAAACUACAGAAUUAACACGAUACCUAGUGGCCUUAAUUUGCAGAAAUUUCCAGUGUGAUGUUAAAUCAUUCGUUUAAGCUUUAUUGUUAGACAUAACAUGUAAUGUCGCUUUAAGAAUAGACUGAUUUAGCUUAAGCGUUAAAAUGUAUUAUUAGUUGAAUUUUAGUGAUUUAAGACGAAUAAAACGACACGACGAACGAACUUCACAGUAAUCAAAACGGGUCUUGCAUUAUCAGUAUAGAAUCUGUGUAACAUGAGUUUUAAAUCCAAACUAUGAAUCUCAAUCGCUAACUUCGUACCAUAAAAUUGAUAAUAAUAUUAUGUCAAAAAUUACCAUAAAUGUUAUUGUAGGUUUACCGCUUUCUGUCUUAUUUAAAGGUUGUCUGUUUUGUCACAAAUAUAUUCAUUGUUUUCUACAGUUUACAGUUAUAACGGUUGUAUGUUGCUAUACCAACUAUCACAUAUAGCGUCAUGAGCGUACAUUGACAUAAAUCCAUGGAUUUAAUAAGUACAUUGCGGAGUACCUACUAAUUCCAUGCAUAAAUCCUAUGUUGCGUUUAGUUGAGCAAAGGCGAGCAUUUUUUGUUAUUCCAAUCUGAUUCAUUUUCUACUGAUUUAGGUAUUAUAUUGAGAAAAUUAUCACUGGCUGGUAUGACGCCUUUUCUGGUACAUAGUGUAUAUUUUUAUUAGUUUUUACGAUUUUUGGUCAGUUAUUUAUUUUCAUCAAUUCCAAAGACCUUACGAUUUAGUUUUGGUAUUAUAAAUAAAACUAAAAUAAAGACAGUUUCGCCCCCACAAAUAGAUAUUUAACGUGCCAAACUGUAAAAUAACAGCUUAUGUGGUUAAUAUUGUACAUGAUUAAUGUAGAAUUAGUUUUUCAGAUUCGUAUGUACAUUUUCUUGUAUGAUAUUAAAAUAUCCGGUUGUUUUUUGUAAUGCUGAAGUGUCCCGAAAUUUAUUUUCUCGAAUUUGAAACCUAUUUCUUAUUUUGUUAAGUGAUCCUAAAUUAUUAUAUAUUGAAACGUCACAAUUUUAUGUACUAAGGUGUAAAUAAAUUUUAAGUUUAUAUGUAUACACCUGUA